UGUUCGUCCCACAAACUUAAACUAAUGAUUAUUCGUCUACUCACUACCACCAAUCUAACAGAUAAAAAUCUAUCCAGCAAAAAAGCAAGUCCAACACAAGCACCUGAGGCAAAAAUAUUCCGCCAUUAAUUGACAUUUACAAGAUAUACAGAUAAACAAGAUAAGAGAAAAAUGGAGACUUUAUCAAGAUUAUAUAUCAGCAGUUUUUUAUUUGGUAAAACUGCAAUUGCAAAUCAUUCCAUGUUUUUCUCCAAAUCUUCUUCACUUCAUCACCCACCUGUUUUUACACCACUCAGAAAUUCCACUGUUUCAGUCCUCAAAUCCCCUUCUCAAGCGAGUGAACGGGUUGAAGAAGAUGUUUUGCGAGAAUUUAUUCGGGAUAGACAGUUGAAUGGAGAUCUUAUUACGAAAUAUUCUGAUAUGUUUUUCCAGAGAGGGGUAAAGGGAGUCAUUGAUGAUGAACCUGCAAAUGUAGAUUAUAGUUUCCAACCAAGUGAGGAGGCCUCAGCUGCUGAGUCUGAUGAAGGCUUUCUGAAAUUGACAACAACACAAGAAUGGUUGAUGGGUGAAACUUCAGCCCCAACCAAUAGGAAGCCAACCAAUGAGGAAGCAAAGGAUGAUAGAGAAAGGAGGAGGAGGCUCAACUUUCUUAUAUAUGAAGCUCUUAAAAGGGAAUUGCUGUUCAUGACAGUGGGGGUAGGAGCCGCCUGUACGGGAUAUUGCUUUUUUGUCUUGUCAAUCCAGGCAGCAGUGAGUUAUGCGUCUGGUGUUGGAUUCAGUUGCUUGUAUCUGCAACUGUUGUACCGGCAUGUGGAUAACAUAUCUAAGGAAUCAGUUCCACAGAUAUUUCGGCAACAGAAAAUAAAGAAAAUUGGAAUACGAAGUGAGGAUUUGAGAGACUCACUAGAAAAAACAGUCAAGGGUAGCGGAAUUGCUCUUGCAUCUCCAAGACUUGUAAUUCCAGCCGCCAUAUAUGGAUUAUGGGUCGUGCUUCACCAAAAUUUUGCUAGUGAUAUCUUUGAUUUUCAGAUUGUGCCUGCAAUGUUGGGAUUAUUUGCAUACAAAGCUGCUGCACUCGUUCAAGUUUAUAGAGAUAACGAAGACCUGGAACUCAUCUUUCCAGAUUCUUAGGAAAGCUUUGAUCUAGAACAUUGAACAUAUAACUUUUAUGAGUUCUGAAACUUAGCUAAUACCACGGCAUUGGUACUGAAACUGGAAAAGUCGGUGCUGGAGCUUGGAGUGCAUUUCGUAGUCAGUUAUCCCACCAAAGCUCAAUUCCAAGCCUUACGGAUGGAUAUGACUUGGUCUGAUCGUUAGGUUGAGGUAUCGUAUGAGGCGUAUGUAGUACAGAAAUCCAUCUUCAUUGCCUUUUUCUUUCUUUCCGAGAAUGUAAGGAAACGUCGAGACUAGGAUUGUCUUCUGUCAAGGCAAAAGAGUGCUAUUAAGAAGCUUAUUGUCACAAAAGGGAAACGUGCAUCAUCAAUUCAUGUUCUUGUUGAUGUCAUGCCUAAAUAUUUGUUUUACUUUGUAUAAUUUUCCUGAAUUGAAAUCAGUAUCAAUUUUAUAUGUAUUUGAAUCAGUUUUAUGGUUA